AUGAGGAAAGAAGUGGUGGUCGCAACGGCCGUCGCAACGGUGGCGGUGGCUGGAGUGGUGUUGGUUCGUUGGAGGAAGCGAGACGAGAGACGGUGGAGACAGACACAGAGGAUACUUCGGAAGUUCGCUAAGGACUGCGCCACUCCGGUUCCCAAAUUAUGGCACGUUGCUUUCGAUUUGGUUUCCGAUAUGCAAACCAGCCUCUCCGAUCAAUCUCAGACCGAUUUCGUCAUGCAUCCAUGCUACACCUCUUCACUUCCGCACGGUAACGAGGAAGGUUUGUAUUACGGAGUGAAUUUACGUGAAGAUAAUUUCCUGAUGCUGCGUGCUCGGCUUAGUGGGAAAAGCGAACCAAUCACCGAUAUGGAAAGAGAAGAAGUUCUUAUCCCCCCUGAAGUGAUUUCUGGCUCCACCAAGGACGUGUUUGAUUUCAUAGCACUGAAGCUUGCGAUAUUCAUCACAACAAAUGCAAAAGAAAACCCUAUUGCUCCAAAAGGAAAAUUGGGCUUCACUGUGUCUUUCCCAUUACUUGAGGGACCUGCAUCACCAACUAAAGGAAAUGUUAUACGUUGGAAGUCCUUUGCUGUUAAUGACGCAGCCGGGAAAGAGUUGGCGAAUGAAGUCAACGCUGCGUUGGAAAAGCAUGGAAUAGAUUUGCAGGUUUCUGCAUUGGUGGAUGCUACCAUAGGGGAUCUGGCAGGAGGUCGAUAUUUCAACAAGGCAUGUGUAGCUGCAGUAACUCUGGGGCUUGCUACUAAUGCUGUUUAUGUGGAAUCAGCUCAUGUGAUCCCCAAUGGAAACGAAUUCAAAUUGAGUGAAAUGGUUAUUGACAUGCAAUGGGGUAACUUCAAUACUCCACAUCUUCCUAUAACAGAAUUCGACAUGGCUUUAGACUCUGAAAGCACAAAUCCGGGAUCUCGGAUGUUUGAGAAACUCAUUGGAGGGAUGUAUCUAGGAGAGGUGGUGAGGAGAGUGCUGCUUAAAAUGGCCAAAGAAACUGCUAUAUUUGGAGAAACUGUUCCUUCUAAACUCAAAACCCCUUACACAUUGAGGUCACCCGAUAUGGCUGCAAUGCAUCAAGAUACAACAGAAAAUCGUGAUACCGUUCAAGAAAAGCUUUUGGAAGUUUUUGGGAUCGCUUCCUCUACACCAUCAGUGAGAGAAAUCGUGGCUGAAAUCUGUGACAUAGUAGCGGAAAGAGGCGCUCGUCUUGCAGGGGCGUGCAUUGUUGGAAUUAUGAAAAAGCGUGGGAGGAUCAACGAGAAGAAGAGUGUGGUGAAAGUGGAAGGCGGACUUUAUGAACAUUACAGAGUUUUCAGAAACUAUUUGCAUAGCAGUGUGUGGGAGAUGCUGGGAAACUCACUAGCCGAUAAUGUCAUGAUCGAGAACUCUCAUGGAGGAUCAGGUGCCGGAGCCAUCUUUGUUGCCGCUGCCCACUCCCACGUUCACGAGUCCAUCACCCCGCCUUUUUCUCAAAGGAACUCGACAGUCGAUCAAUUGGAAAUGAGGGAUGAUCAUCAAAUGGCCUCCAAAGUCGGAACCGGUCAAAAUGAGACGGCGGAGGAUGAUUCGAUAUUCUGGAAUGAUCAAAUGGAAUCGACAGCAGAGACGAGUGACCAAUCGGGAUCGGGCUCCAGUGAAGAAUAA